CUUGUUGGCUUGGUUGUCAUCAAGAUCUCUCCUUCUUACAAUUUGGAGGAGCUUGCUUUAUAUUUAUUUAUAUAUAAAGAGCAUUACUAUGCUACGAUGAAAAAAGCGUGUAUGCUUUAUAUCGUUUUGUUAAUGGCAACUACAACAAUGGAACACGCAAUGAGGACUGCAUUGGGACUGCCUAGUCGCGAAGAAAGGAGUGUUCUAGACUACCAGGAUUGUGCAGGAGGUCGAUGUCUACGUGGAAUAGAUGGUGAUACAAUGAUUCAGCCACAACAGCAGGAACAACAGAUGGGGGGCGAACAGCCAAGUGUAGAGGACCUUCUGAUGGAGCCAGGUGCACAUGAGAAACGCCGACUAAGGGCAGAUAUAAGCUGUGCGAAUGGUGCCUGUGAUCAUCGCGGAGGGGGUGGUGGAGGCUCAGGAGACGCGAACAAAGCCAAGGCCUCAAGCAUAGCUCAGAAAGCUGCACAGGAGGCGAAGGCUGCCUCAGAGGCACAGCAGGUUGCAGCACAGCAGGCUUCACAUCAGGUGAAAGUUCAAUUAGCUGAGAAAGCACAGGAGGCAGCUGAGGCGGCAAUGGCAGCUUUGGCAGGAAAACAACAACUUGUUGAUGAACUUGAAAGUGAAGUGCGCGAAGCACAAGAAAUUCUGCAAGAAGAAAAUGCAGCUUUGCAAGCCGCGCAGCAAGAAGCACAGUCGGCUAUGACUUCUGCUCAACAAGCUGAACAGGAACUCAAAGUGCUGAACUCCGCUAUCCAGCUCGAAAAGAGUGCUGUGUCGAAUGCUGAAACAACUGCCCAAGGAGCACAGCAGGAAGUGGUCGAGAAGACUCAGGUCCUGGAUGCAGCUAAACGCCGAAUUGAAGCACUCACAAAUGACUUGAAUAGUGCCCGUGCAGACCUGGCUAAUACCAAGCAAGCAGCAAAUAAAGCAGCGCAGGCUGCCCAAGCUGCCCGUACCAAUGCUGCCAGAAACCGACGUAGAUUGAGAGGAAGCCAAUCAGCUGACUCCAUUAAUGGCCCAGCAGUUUUACAGGUUCAAGGCACUCCACAACAAAUAAGAAGACAUCGAAGGCACUUUUAUCCAGCAAGGGUCUCAUCUGCAGCUUAAGUCAUACUGUACACUAUUUCUUUGUUACAUUAUGGAACUUCAUGCAUGGAGAUUGUCUUUUCUCUGAAAAGUUGAAAACGAUCAGAGAUAUUUACCUUAAUUUUAUACCAUAUAUAUUUGCUACACUUUUAAUGGUACAGGAAUGGUUCUCUUAUCAAGAGGACAUAUCAUAUUUAUCCUGUCUGGUACUUGGAAAUGCAUAAAGAACAACUGAUAUGACUCCAAACUGAGACAGCCAAGCAGUGAACUGGCAGUCUUGGUUUCAGUUGCUUACCAAAGGUGGUGUGUAUAUAAUGAUUAGAUAGAGAUAAAAA